AUGGUACAAAGAGGAACGCGCAUAAGGCCGCUGCCUGGGGGUCGCCGGGGCGCGUCUGGAGCUGGCGCUGGACGCGGCAGCAUGCGGGCCGCCAGCCGAGCGCGAGGAGCUGUACGAUCACCUAGCAGCCCUCCGCAUCCAUCAUCCCCACCAGAAGGCAUGGUGUCGGCUGGGUCUUCUCGGACUCAGCAAGCGGCACCCACCGCUGGUGGAGCACGUUGCAUGCGUUGGUCACAAACAAUGAACGCAAACGCACUGCGGGCGUACUUUAGGGCAAAAGGGGAAGAAACCGGAUGUUUGGCAUAUCGGGCUCGGAUGCAUCGCUUUUUUGCAGAGCUGGAGCCAUCUCUAUCCGUCACUGAGCAAAACCUGGCAGACCGAGUUCGGUACAUCCUGCGCUCCAACAUAUUUGGUGACGCCGAACUCGAACGACUACGACGUGAGGCUGUUCCCUCAUCGGAUGGAAAUGCUACGGCUGGUAAUGCGGCGCCACUAAUUGCGCAGCAAACUGCAAAUGUGGACGCUGCCGUCAAUAUUCCAUUUGUGGUUGAUUCAGACGAUGAUGGAAUAGUCCCCCACGAAGUAGAGAAAAUGAGGAGCAUAUUUGAAGAGUCGAUGCUGAAAACGCGCAGCAUGCCUCUCGAAAAUCGACCGCGACUUCCCCCGCAUACCCCUUAG